AUGGCAGCCCUUCGACCACUGGCAGGGAAGCUGGGCAUUGUCACUGGAGCCUCCAGGGGCAUUGGCGCUGCAAUUGCUGAAAAUCUGGCGGCCAAAGGGUGCAAUUUGGUGCUCAACUAUACCUCAGCCUCAUCUGCUUCCCUCACAUCAGAUCUGUCCAAGUCUCUAGAGUCCAAACAUGGCAUCAAGACGCUAGGCGUACAGGCCGAUCUGGGCACCCCUCAGGGACCAGCGGAUCUAGUUGCGGCUGUUAAGCAGCACUUUUCAGACUCGGGGGCGUUCCAGAUCGACAUCAUUGUCAACAAUGCAGGCGUGGCACUCAACAACAAGAUCCCCGAGGUGCAGGUCUCCGAGUUCGAGACGACCUACAAAGUCAAUGUCCUCGGACCCCUGCUGCUGAUCCAGGCCGCACAGCCCUACCUGCCCAAUGACAGAUCCGGGCGCAUCAUCAACCUGUCAUCUGUGUCCUCCAGCACCGGCUUCAUCGGGCAGUCUGUCUACGGCGGCUCCAAGGCGGCCGUCGAGGCCAUGACGCGCACGUGGGCACGCGAGCUGUCGGAGCGGGCGACCGUCAAUGCCAUCAACCCGGGCCCCGUGCUGGGGCCCAUGUACGCGGCCAACACGGACGAGUUCAAGGCCGGCAUCAAGGGCUGGAUCGAGCACACGCCGCUGAUGCGCGCGCGCCAGGGCAUCGACGCCGACGAGCUCGUCGAGGACGCAAAGACCAGCGGCGGCCGGCCCGCGUACACGAGCGAGGUCGCCGGCAUCGUGGGCAUGCUGUGCAGCGAGGACGCCGCGUGGUGUACCGGCCAGGUGGUGUGUGCCAAUGGAGGCAUGCUGAUGCUACAUUAA